CGCCAUCUUAAAUAUUCGUACGCUUCCUAUCGCGGGACUCGAAACUAGUUCAAAAUAUAUUUAAACAUUUAUUCUAAUGUUGGAUGGUUUCGUUAGUGACUUUAUAGAUGUGAAACGUGGUUUGUGAUGAUGUGGCCAUCUUUUCAUAAAGUUAUAAUACUUUUGGGAAUUACAGUGUUGUUUCGUUGUACGGACUCUGUCGAUUUGCCACGAUUUGUGGGUCCAGGAUCAAAUGUGACGGUGGCGGUAGGCAGAGACGCGGCUCUUACUUGUACAGUUGACAAUUUACAAACAUUUAAGGUUGCGUGGCUACGCGUAGACACGCAAACUAUCCUCACAAUAGCGGGACACGUGAUCACGAAAAAUCACCGAAUCAGCGUACAACAUGGAGACGGAGCAUGGACGCUUGGGUUACGUGAUGUGAGCGCGACAGACGGCGGGAGAUACAUGUGCCAAGUGAACACGGAGCCAAUGAUGAGUCAGACUCAUCUAUUGCAAGUUGUUGUUCCCCCAGAUAUAGAUGAUGAGGCGAGUAGCGGUGAAGUGCUAGUGAAAGAAGGGGAAAGUGCGUCCUUGCGAUGUGUCGCUUCAGGCGUCCCGCCACCCAAUGUGAUGUGGAGGAGAGAAGAUUCGAGGCAUUUUAAGAUUGACAAUCAAACGCUUGUGUCAAAAUACAGUGGAGAGUGGCUGAAUCUUACAGAGGUAGAACGUGUUACGUCGGGUGCUUACCUCUGUAUAGCGACCAACGGGGUUCCACCCUCCGUGAGCAAGAGGAUACAAAUAAACGUCAUGUUUACGCCAACAGUUUGGGCAGGUCGAGUUGCGAUCCGAGCAUUAGCUGGCACUGCUGUCACACUGACAUGUACUGCUGAAGCAUAUCCUAUACCACAAGUGUACUGGAUAUUAAACAGCGAACAAAAACUCGUUAAUGGAUCAAAGUACAGAUUAAAUAAGCUGUCCAGAGGUUAUCGACACACACUGACGUUACAAGUGACCGAGAUGUCGAGAGAUGAUGCUGGGGCGUAUCGAUGCCAUGUCGAAAACAAUUUAGGGAAGGCUUAUGCGGAAGUUUUCUUACAUAUGUUAACAACAACAACUACUACAACAACAACAACGACAACCACAACAACAACGACGACUACAACACCGCCUCCUAUAACUACAUUGCCACCGGAUGACGCUGAGAGACACUUGGAACAGUUACAUAGAGGUGUUAUGGAAGAUCCAGCUCUUGAAAAUUCCUACAUUGUCCUUAGUCAACAUCAAAUGCAAAAUCUUGAAAUGGUGACGACGAUGUGACCGGAGCUAAGGGGCCAGGGCGAAUCCCCGUGGGGCGAGAGUUGGCCCCUCCCAGACGCGGCCCCCUCCCAUCUUUCUCGGCUUUGGAUCAUAACGGCGGUUGUGUUACUCGCGUGACCUCGCUGGCUGACACAAGACGCUUAAACUGAGAACUCGUUAUAAUGAAGUUAAAACUUAAAGUGUUGCGUUUAUUGC